AUGCGCCUCCUCCAACCCCUCCUCCUCCUCCUCCCGACGACCCUCGCCGCCUCCCUCACCCUCCAGAUCCCCUCCUCCGCCGUCCUCCCGAACCCCUACACCCUCCCGCCCUCGACCCGCGCCACCCUCUCCGCCCUCGGCUCCUCCUUCUCCGCGCCCCUCUCCGCCGCCAACACCUUCGUCUUCGACAACCUGACCGCCCCGGCCUCGUACCUCGUCGACGUCCACUGCGCGACCCACGCCUUCGCGCCCCUGCGCCUCGACGUCGCCGCCGACGGGAGCCUGGCCGCCUGGGAGACGUACCGCGGCAACGACUGGGACAACAAGGGCGAGGUCUACGCCUCCAAGGAGUUCGCCGGCGGGAGGAGGGGCUUCGAGGUCAGGGUGCUCGGGGGCAAGAAUUACUUCGUCGAGAGGAGCAAGUUCUCCGUCUUCACGAUCCUCAAGAACCCCAUGAUCCUCCUCGGCCUCGUCAGCAUGGGAAUCUUCAUCGGAAUGCCCUACCUCAUGGACAACAUGGACCCCGAAAUGCGCGCCGAGUUCGAAGAGCGCCAGAAGAGCAACCCCAUGAACUCCCUCCUCGGCGGCGGCGGCGGCGGGGGCCAGCCCGGCGCCAACCCCAUGGGCAACUUCGACAUGGCCGCCUUCCUCGCCGGUUCCAACAGCGGCAGCAAGAACGAUGCUUCUUCCGGGUCCGGUACCUCGAGCGGCGGCGGCGGCGGCGGCGGCAGCAGCAGCAAGAAGGAGAAGGGCGUGCGGAGGUGA